AUGACAAUACCUAUUGCUCUCAUACUCAUUUCAAUUAGUCGUAUAUGUCUAAUAACUCUAACUCUAAAAAAACGAUUUCAGCAAGUACCACGAAUGUCUACACCGUCAAUCACUUCGAAUCGUUUACCGACAUUACCAGUUUCUGUUGUUGUCUCAAAUCGAAAUAGUAUGGUGACAAGUACUACUGCAUCUACAUCGAAUCAUCAUCAUCAUCAUCAUCAUCACCAUCACCAUCCUUCCCACAGAUUAUCACAAAUUAAUUCUCAAUCAGCCCGACGACGACGAAAUCGAUUAGACAAUCAAAUGGUUAUAUUAAUCACAAUCAAUGUGGCACCAUUCAUCUCUGUUCAUAUAAUUACAGAAAUCGCCUAUUUAUUAGAAAAAUAUUCAACAAUUAACAAUGAAUAUGCCAUAUCAAAAUUAGUCAUUAUUCUCAUUUAUCUUAGUUGGUAUUUAAUAUCUGCAACACGAUUUUAUACAAAUUGUUUAUUGUCGAGGAUAUAUCGUGAGGAAUUUAAAAAUAGACUAUCUCUAAUAAAAAAUGGUUGUAAAACACAAAGACCAAUCAUCAUAUCGGAAACAUCACAACAUCGACAUAGUGCAAGAUAUGGUAUUGUAAAUGAUCCAACAAGUUUCAGUGCAAAACAACAACAAUAUACAUACACACAAUCAUUUACAUAA